CCCCCCACCACACGUGUCAAUGUUUGUGCGUUUGUUGUGUCUCAUCAUCGAGUCAUUGUAGUGUUAGAGCGAAGUACCCAUGAGGCGCCGUUGUUUUCCUUUGAGAGGAGACCACACCCUACUGGCCCCCGAUGCCCUCAUGACAUCUGAUGUCAGGAGCCAACAACAGGAGCAGCCAGACGUGGUCGUGCUGUCAGAACGGCUGAGGAACUUCAACACCUUUGGAUCAGUUGCAGGGUCAACAAGACAACAUGUGGUCUCAUCUACUAAUCGUCACCUACGGUUUGAAGAUGAAACAGAAAGAGAGGCGGAGACUCGUUAUUUGGAGCGUUGGAGCCAAAGGAGACAGGAAAUGCAGCAGAGACCUGGAGUUCUGGUGUCCAGACCGGACUUACAGUAUAUGAAAGCGACUGCAGCACUGGAGCAAAGACAGCUGAAGUCUACUGCUGUUGGGAAGCUCAGAGGACAAACAGUGAUGAGGGACCUGGGUAGGAUUCACCCUGGCGAGAGAGAGUCAGGGGGAGGAGUAAUACUAAACCUGAGCCAUAAUGAACACCCUCCUGUGAUUGAAGAGAGGGAAAGGAGCCUAAACAGGAAGCAACUAAGGCUGCGGACAGAGCCCCUCAGAGAAACCUACAUUGGCUUUGUGGCACCUUCAAACACAGGAAGGAAAGGGGAAAAAUCAUGCCAUAAAUCGUGUGCACAAGUGAGACAAAGUCAGAGAAAUCAGCAGUUUGUCUCACAAUCUCCUCUAACCACAGACCCACCAACAGGCUCUGAGUCCUUCUGCAGCGAGGCUCCACCGCUUCAACAGUCUGUUUUAUGUUCUCUCUCAUUCAAACACCCAUUUUCUUUAUCCAGUUCUUCUAUAAUGUCUGUGAUGCCACAGAGGAACACGGCCAAUCUAAGGAAGCAGGGAAAGGACCUGGACCACAACCAAGAGAGACAAGGACCCCCUUCUAAUCAAAGGGUCCACAGACAACUUAGAAGUGGGCCAGAGCGCACAGAGAAGGUCCCCUAUUUAGUAAAUCCUCCCUCCAGGACCUCCUCAUCAGCAACGAGUUUGGAGAUGAAAGGAUGUAACCAAACUCCUCCUGCUGUGGCCAUCAGGGACGGAUCUGCUGGAAAAUCCCUGAGAUCAGAGUUCCACACAGAGGAUGCUUCACCUUCGGAACACAGACUGAGCAGGAGUCGAACCCGCAGUCUCGAUCGGCUUCCUUCAAAAAGCCAACCCCCUGCCAAUGGUCAGACCAGUUUAGGAAGCCUGAGAUCCUGCAGCUUUCUGAAGACGUGCCCCUCUGUUCGGUGUUGUUGUGAGGGCUCAAACAUCUUCCCCCUGACCAAGUUCUCCUCGGUUUUCAAUGUUUGGUCAGAACAGAACUGUUCUACUGAUGGGUCAGCUGAUGACCACUAAGCUGUUGCAGUUCUCCUCAGGACUGGUCAACGUUCAAGCUCUUGGGAUCAAAAACAGUGCGAAGCAUCCCAUCUCUGCUACUGAAACCUUCAUCAGUGGUUCAUCAGUUAGGAUACAAGCAUCGGGACAUAAUGAAAAAUUACCUUGUUCUUGCUAAAUGUGUGUGUGGGGGGGGUACUUUUAGACAAAUAGUGGAGUUGGGGGACGUCUGGGGGCGCGAGACGAGCCACAGACGAGGUACACGGUCAGGAACAGG